AUGCCGACCAUCUCCGUGGACAAGUACAAGCUCUACGAGGCCCUCGGCCAAAAGUUUACAAAGGCUGAGUUCGAGGACCUAUGCUUCGACUACGGCAUCGAGCUCGACGAAGACACCGAGGAAGACGAGAGGCCCGUCGUCAAUGGCCAGCAAGAGCCCCCCCAGCUCAAGAUUGAGAUACCCGCCAACCGCUAUGACAUGCUCUGCUUCGAGGGCAUUGCCCUCAACCUCAACGUCUUCCGAGGCCGCAUCGCCCCCCCCAACUUCAAAGUCGUCUCGCCCAAGGACCAAAGCCAGCAAACAAUCACCGUCCGGCCAGCCACGACAAAGGUCCGGCCCUACGUGGCCGGCGCCGUCCUGCGCAACAUCAAGUUCACCCAGGACCGCUAUGACUCCUUCAUCGCGCUGCAGGACAAGCUUCACCAGAACCUGGCUCGCAACCGAACCCUGGUCUCGAUGGGAACCCAUGACCUAGACACCGUCCAGGGUCCCUUUACAUAUGAGGCGCUGCCCCCCAAGGACAUCAAGUUUACCCCCCUCAAUCAGACAAAGGAGAUGAAUGCCGAGGAACUCAUGGCCUUUUACGAAGCCGACAAGCACUUGGGUCGCUACCUACACAUCAUCCGCGACGCCCCCGUCUACCCCGUCAUCUACGACGCAAACCGCGUCGUGUGUUCCCUGCCCCCCAUCAUCAACGGCGACCACUCCAAGAUUACCUUGAACACCAAAAACGUCUUCAUCGAGAUCACCGCCACCGAUCUCACCAAGCUCCAGAUUGUCACAGACAUGCUUGUCACCAUGUUCUCCAUGUACUGCGCGGAGCCCUUCACCGUCGAGCCCGUCAAGAUUGUCUCGGAGCACAACGAGCUCACCCGCGUGACCCCUUCUCUCAUGCCCAGGAUCGCACAUGCCGAGGUGGACUACCUGAACAGCUGUACGGGCCUCAACGAGUCACCCGAGACCCUCUGCAAGCUUCUCACAAAAAUGGCCUAUGUUUCUCGCCCCUCUGACAAGGAUUCUAACCUCCUGGAAAUUGCCGUUCCCCCCACUCGUGCCGACGUGCUCCAUCAGUGUGACAUUAUGGAGGACCUCGCUGUCUGCUAUGGCUUCAACAAGCUUCCCAGGACGGCCCCGACGCGAAGUGCCACGAUCGGCGCCCCGCUCAUGGUCAAUAAGCUCAGCGACAUUGUCCGGGUCGAGGCCGCCAUGGCUGGCUGGAGUGAGGUCAUGCCACUCAUCCUGUGCAGCCACGACGAGAAUUUUGCUUGGCUGAAUCGCAAGGACGACGGCAAGACGACCGUUCGCCUGGCCAAUCCCAAGACGCUUGAGUACCAGGUUGUGCGGACUACCCUUCUGCCGGGACUCUUGAAGACAAUCCGCGAAAACAAGGGCCACAGCGUUCCGAUCAAAAUCUUCGAGGUGGCCGACGUUGCCUUCAAGGAUGAGUCGAAGGAGCGCAAAGCCCGCAACGAGCGUCACUUUGCCGCUGCGUGGUGCGGCAAGUCGAGUGGCUUCGAGGUCGUCCACGGUCUCCUCGACAGAGUGCUGCUGAUGCUGCGCACCGCCUUCCUGACGCACGAGGAGGGCCUGACGGCCGGCGGCACUGUCGACUAUCAGGUGAAGCAGAACCCGACCAAGCCUGACGGCUACUGGAUUGAGGAGCUCAACGAAGACACCUUCUUCGCCGGCCAUGCGGCGGCCGUGUACCUCCGCCUGGGAGGCAAGGAGCAACGCAUUGGCGAGUUUGGAAUCCUGCAUCCCACGAUAUUGGACAAGUUUGACCUGAGAUACCCUGUCAGCGCCCUGGAGAUCAACCUCGAGGUUUUCCUGUAG